AUCAUUUUCCUCACGUAGGAAUCAACCACCAAACCACACCCAAAGACAACGAAGUCGCACUACCAUACCACCUAGAACAGCAUUCCAUUUACAACUUCGUCGAGAUCACCAUGUAUUCGGUCGUCGCUGAGCUGUAAACACCCACUGCGGGACAUGCCUGCACUGGGCGUGUCCCGUAGUCCGUCAGUUCACCGAGAGAUUCAACCCACUGCCCAAUCGACGAAGUUCCACAGACUUUAACUGUCUUGUGCUCUCUUCCCCGACCGAAGAAGCCUUCGAAGAAAGUCUGCAACCUAAACAGAAACCUACGCAUUAACGCCCCUACAUGCUCUUGGGCUCCACGCGAUUCAUACUUACUUGCAAUACUCGGCCUCCUAACCUUACUAUCCCACCCUCUACCCUCUACAUACAAUCAAUUGUUUCUCAAUACCUUGAUACCUUGCGUAAAAUUAAGCGAGGUGGAAAUUUCAAUAAUUGUAUCUACUGUGCUGCUAUUUACCGGUAGCUUGGGAAGACCCUAGCUCGAGUGGCUUCGAGGAAACGGUCGGGAACUUCACCGCCGUUUGCUUUACACCUUAAAGUACCAGAUUCGGUUCCAAGACCACAUACCCCCUGCAUACGCCUCCACAAAUCUUGCACUUGUGCACAGCAUCAUGCGGCAAGGCACGAUGAUACGCCUGAAAAUCCCGGUAACUCCAGUUAAGGCUAAGAGUCGCCGGGAUUCCGACUCCCUGUCGUCCCUGGACCUUUCAGACGACGGUGGAUAUUCAGGUGUCGAAGAUAUCACUGGCUCAGAUGACGAUGAGGAGGAUGUCGAGGCGGCCGAGGAGGAGCAUAUAUUGUCCGACGAGAUACAACAUACUACCCGGACCUCCCCUCGGCCGCACCAAGCUGAAGAUGACGACGACGAUGAAGCCCUCGGGGACGAUGAGGGAGGAGACUACGAGGAAGACGACGAUGAGAUCGAAGAGACUACUAGCUGGGAUGGCUUCCCAUCAGAACCUGAGCAAACCGAGAUUGACGAUGAUGUAGCGGGUAUUCCAGUUACAUCGGCUGUCAAACGUCGGGUUAGAUUCGAUGUUCCCGAAUCAGAGGACGAUGACGACACUGAAACAGAUGAAGAUACUGCCUAUGGCUUCUUCCCAGAUCUAUUUGUCGACAAGAGCACACUGGACCCAUCCUUCCGUCUUGAGGUCGAUCAAGACACUGAGGACGACUCCGAUGCCUAUUGGGAUCACUACGAAACCUCUAAUCUUGCCGGAAGCGUUUAUGAAGAAGAGACGUCAGAUUUUGAAGCGCUUAUGAGUGUCAUUGAAGGAGAUGAUACCACCCCUGUCGCUACGCCAGUGACACAACACGACAUGUCUACUGCAUUCUCCACCCCUGCCCCGUCGCCUGAAAAAGACGAGGAGUCUUUAGAUGGCUACCAAACUGAUGGUGACACUACGGAUGAGGAAGAACCUGCCCCAAGACCAAUUCGACGUAAAACUCGGAAGGAUCUUGAGGAAGAGGCGUCGGAAGCAUCUGACGUCGAGAUCAUCCAAGGCCGCCGUGGUCAUCCCCGUGUGGGCCGUUUCAACUUGGACAAGUCCUUGAAGAAGAAGCCUAUUGCUAUGGUUAACCCGAAAACAGGCAAAUUGAUGAUUUUCACCCAUCGAAGCAUGAAACAAGCACUUGAUCUAUCACCAGAAUCGUUCAACUUUUCUCUGUUUGACCAAGGUCAAGCAUCCCCUAUUUUGGGUAAUCCUGGUAACAUUAUGAUGAGCGGCAUGAUCUCCUCUAACACCUUUGGCGAUUUCAUGAAUACCCAUGCAGUUGGACCUGCCGAAGCGUGGUAUUCGCAGGCAACUGAUUCGAACGGAUACGGAGACAGUUCCGGGUCUGAAGCCCCCGCAGUUGAUGAAGAGGAGAAAAACCUGAAUAUCGAAGACUUCCUCGAUAUUGAUGACUAUAGCGACUCAUCUGAUGAUCAGGAGGGGGCUAACAAGGAUGACGGAGAAGACAUUCUGUGUACGCCUGGCCGACCUACGACAUCUUCUAGUGACGUGACUUCACUUCUAGACCAUUUCACGCACGAUUCCAACCUUGUUGGUGCCUUCCGAAGGGACCAAGCACAUCAUCGUUUAAUUACACGCAAUAAGGCUACACACGAUUCAUUGGCGUUCUCGGGCCCCUAUUUCGAAGGAACAUUGCGAGGUAUCAAGGAUGGGCGUAUUGCUACUGCCAAUGUUCCUAUCUCACCGCUUCGCAAACGUAAGAAGAUGCCUGAGUUUGCCAGCAGCCCUCUCUCGUCAUCUUCGAAAAGGAAGGCCUCAUCGGAGCAUCAUAUGGGCCAUAAAAGACAAAGAAGCGUUCCAGAUGUCGGACCGCUACGUAUCUAACUCUAUGGAUCGUCUCCAUCUCACUACUUCUUAUUUGUACUCUCCCCAAAUUACGUCGUUGGACGGCAUGGCCUUGAGCCAUCCCUGGCCACAGACAGCAAACUAACAAUGUUUCCUGAUCUCUUUUCCUAAAUCACCCAGUUUCCUUAUUUCAAGCGUGGGCCCGAAAGUUUACCUGUUAUUUUCAUGAUGCUCCAGGUCCUCCGCCAAGACCUUCAAUUGGCAUCUCAGAUAAGAACGAUAGAUUCUACGUGAACCAUAUUUCUCUCAGUCUUCCAAUUCGAAAUCCUGGGUAGAAGGAUUCGAAAUAAAAUACAGGCAAAAUCGUCGAUCAACAACAAAAGUUUCCUAUCAGUUGGAAUUCCUGGUCCUUUUGGUGUCAACAAGGCUUGGUUAAUGCGUGAUACCCCUGGGUCCAGCUCUAUGGGCAGCGGUGGAGUUAGGUGGAAAAGACCUUAACUUGUAGGAUUGGUUUCCCAGACAUGGGAUGCACACUUUACAUGUAAUCACUGUAUUAUCUUUCCUGUAGGAGACCAGCGAGGAUAGACACGAGUAAAAUGAAUUAUUCAUGAAAAUUUCAGAGCAC